AUGAGCAAUAGUUUAAUUCACCCUCAUUCUUCUUCUUCUUCUUCCCAAUUAUCCCAUCAUAGCAGAGUUAGCAAUGGCAGCCAAGCAUGCGCUGCGUGUAAGUACCAACGAAGGAAAUGUGCAUCCGAUUGUCCAUUAGCUCCUUAUUUUCCUCAUGAUCGGCAAAGAGAAUUCCUCAAUGCGCACAAAUUGUUUGGUGUUAGCAAUAUUACUAAAAUCAUACGUGGUCUUACCACUGUCCAAAAAAAUCACGCAAUGGCAACUAUUAUUUUUCAGUCUAAUAUGCGUGCUAAAGAUCCUGUAAACGGAUGUUUAGGGCUGAUUAGGCAUUUAGAAUAUCAAAUCGCAUAUUACAAAUCUGAAUUGCAUGCCAUUUGUCAACAGAUUGAGUAUUAUAAGGUUCAAUUUUAUAAUCAGCAACAGCAACAGCAACAACAACAACAUGCAGUUCCAUUGUAUCAAAUUGCAUCCCUUGGUUCUGUACCUAAUCCGCGGAUUGAGAUUGAAUGCGAGCAGAAUAAUACUUCUGCCGAAGAUCAUAACAAUAGUUAUCAUCAAAUCAAUAAUGAAUUCGUUUCUUAUCAAAAUAAUAUUGAUAAUUUCCAGCAAUAUCAAAAUUUGAUGCGGUUUUAUCAUAACGAUGAAGCCAAUCAAGGAAACAAUCAACAAAAUUUUAUUCCGUAUGUUUCUCCCGGAAUCGCUAAUCAAAACGAGCAGUAUUCGUGGAUUGCUAAUCAACAGGAGGCUAUGUUAGCCUCAUCGAGUAGCAGUACGAAUCAUGGCCGCCAGGGUUUUGUAAUGAAAAAUGAAUUUGGUGAGGAAUCGGAGAUGAAGCCGAAAAUCCAUAUGAUUGGAAAUGGUAGCGGAGAAUAUGAAAGUAAAUUUAAUAAUUGUUCUAACGUUGAUAUGUCGUAUUCAGAUCAUAAUCUUCAAAGUGACAGAUUUAAUGAAGAGGUGGUUACAUUGAAAGAAGAAAAUGAUAUACUGGAAAACCAAGAAGAUGAAUCCUUACACCAUAUUUAUGGACUUGAUUUAAGGAAUCCAGCGUCAUUGUUUACGGUCACAAAUUGA